AUGCAAAGGCUAAAAUCAUUCGGAUUAGAUUUGAAGAAUUUAGUUGGUCAGGGCUAUGAUGGAGCCGCUGUGAUGAGCGGACGGUUGAAAGGCGUAAGAACCAUAAUUACGAAUAAAUAUCCCCGAGCACAAUUCGUACACUGUGCAGCUCAUACUUUGAACUUAGUUUUGGCUCAUUCUUGCCAGAUCCCUGCAAUCAGAAACUGUAUCGGGACUAUUAUAAGCAUAAUUAACUUCUUUAGACAAUCAGCACUCCGAGAUGGCCUUCUAAAAAAAACUGCGGACGAGAUUGGAGCACCUCAUUCAACCCUUAUCUCGCUUUAUGAGACACGCUGGACGGAGAAACACACAGCCGUUGAAAGGUUUUCCGAUAUGUUUCCCGUGGUACUUGUUACACUUCAAGCUCUCCAAGAGUCGGAAAGGGAAGUAGCAACCCAAGCUUACCAGUUGCAAGUCGCAAUGGAAAAUAGCCAGUUUAUAGUGUCAAUGAUAGUUUUAAAGAAAAUUUUCUCUUAUACAUCAAAUUUGAACCGUGUCCUGCAAAAACUCAAUAUUGACUUAGCUAAUACUUGCAAUUAUGUGACAACAAUUAAAACCACCUUGCAGAACCUACGUAAUGAACAGGAAUUCUCAAAUCUUUUUGAGGAAGCAAGAAAGUUGAGUUCCACUGAUAUAAGUGCUCCAAGAGUAAGUGGUAGACAAAUAAAUCGCAGUAAUAUACCAGAUCAAACUGCAGAAGUUUAUUAUCGACGAAAUGUGUUCUACCCGUUUAUCGAACACGUAACCACCGAGCUUGAUGCUCGCUUUAAGUCUCACGAAGAAGCAAUUUCAGGAAUUCAGUUGCUUCUGCCUAACCAGACUCAAAAUGCCGAAGCAGCAAAGAAAUGUAUAGUAGGGAUAGGAGCAACAUUUCUUAGUGAAGUGGAAAUAAAAGGUUUGGUAAGCGAGUAUGAGCUCUGGCACAAUCAUUGGUCUAAUCAGGAAAAGCCCUUUACCGUAUUAGAAGCUAUGGACGGGUGUGACGAACUCUUUUUCCCAACGGUUAAGAAGCUUCUUCAAAUCUUAGCGACACUUCCAGUGUCAACUGCCACGCCUGAACGCAAUUUUUCCACUCUUAAGAGGCUAAAAACGUACUUAAGAAAUAGAAUGGGAGACGAGAGGCUUACAGGCCUCGCGCUUAUGAGUGUGCAUCGAAAUAUCGCGAUAAAAUUAAAUGCCUCCGAAAUUAUAAAUAAGUUAGCUGAAAGAAGAAAAAGAAUGAACUUAAUUUUGUUACAAUGA